AUGCGAGCCCCCAGGCCCGACCCGAGAGAGACUGAGAGCCCCGGCGCGCCCCAGGGAGACCUGGAAGACCCGCGCAGAGCAACCCAGGGCGACCGCGCGCCCCGCGCGAGCCCCCCGGGGCAAGCCCUGAGCGACCCCGCGCGCGCCCUGCGCGCCCCCGAGCGCGCCACCCGGGCGCCCUGCAGCGCCCCCCCAGGCGCGACCCCCGGGAGCCCUGCGCGCAACCCGCGAGGAGCCCCAACAGGAGAACUGCGAGCCCCCGGGACCCCCGGGCGCCCUGUCGGAGCCCCCCCGCGCCCCGCCCCAGGUCAACUGAGCGCCACCGCGAGCGCACCCCGGGAGAACCUGCGAGAACCCCGCGCGGAGAGAACCGAAACCCAAGGAGAACUGACGAGCACCCGCAGAGCCCCCACGGCUAGCCCGCGCGCCCCCGCGCGAGACACCCAAGGGGCACACUCGCGACCCCGCGAGGGAACCCUGGGAGCACUGCGCGCCAUCCCGGAGCGAACCCCGGGAGAAAACUGCGCGCACACCGAGAGGCAAACCACGGGAGAAUGCGAGGAAACAGGCGAGCACCCCGGGAGCACUAAGGCCCGCGAGAGAACCCCGGGGAGAACUGCGCGCCCCCGCGUCGCGCACCCGCGCACUGGACGAGAAACGCGAGGGAACCCCCGGCGCCGCGCGAACCCGAGAGCGAACAAGGGAGCGCCCGCGCGGCCCCCCGCGCGCACCACCCUGCGAGCAACCGCGCGAGAACACAGGGGGACUUGCAGAGGCACACCGAGAGGGAACCCACAGGGCGACUGCGCGACACCGAGAGCACACAAGGACACCCUUGCGGCGACCCCCGCGCGAGACAACCCCGGAGAACUGAGCGACCCCCAGGGAGGACCCCGGGCGCAAGGCGGCGCCCCGCGAGGGACGGUACCCCCGGGCGGCCCUGUCGCGCAACCGCGCGGCCCCCCCGGGCGAACUUGA